UAGGUGUAUUUAUGUUGACUUGACAGUGUUGUCGUUUGCUACUGCGUUGACAACCUGGACAGGAGUAACGCUAGCUUGAAAGUUGACGGAGAUCUCAAGUUUUUGUCCUCACCUCCUGAAACUGGAUUUUGAGAGUUCAGCGAUGGAUUUUCACCAAUAAGUUUUCCUUACUUCAUAGUGAUCAUCAUAUAUUGAUUUGUAAUUCAGCAGCAUGUUUCAUCGCCAUGGGAUGACUGGUCAGUGAAACUGUGGCUGUCAGUAUUUUGCUGAGAUGUCCUGCACAGAGGAGAUAUCUUAAACUAUAACUAACAGCAUCGACAGUCAAUACUUUUAUCGUUUUCACAUCAGACAGCCAUGGGCUUCUGUUCACCCGUGUGCAAGAUUUUGCGGAGGGGGAAGUACUUUGUGCUGCUCCUUCUCUCGCUCUCGGUGCUGGCAUGGAUUGCAACGUUUUCAGGUGAAACUGUGAAAUCAGUUCAGGUUUCAUCUGCGACAACACAGACUCUUGUCAAAGGAGACAAUCUGAGAGAUAAAGUUAACGCUCAGACGCCAACGCAAGAUCGCUUAAAUACUCCAGCGUCAAAAGUCGGAUGCCCUCAAGAGUCACCACUGCUACAGGGGGCUCUGAAGCUGUCUUUUGAAUCCUCUCUGAAAAUGAAGGACGUGGAGAAUGGGAACAAAGGAGUGACUGAAGGCGAGUAUGAGCCCCCAGACUGUACAGCGAGGCAGAGCGUAGCCAUACUCAUCCCUCAUCGCAACCGAGAGAGACACCUCCUCUACCUCCUGCACCACCUGCACCCCUUUCUGCAGAGGCAGCAGCUGCACUAUGCCAUUUAUGUCAUCCAGCAGGCUGGUGAUGCAACUUUUAACCGUGCCAAGUUACUGAAUGUUGGGUAUUUGGAGGCACUGAAGGACUAUAGUUGGGAGUGCUUCAUCUUCCAUGAUGUGGAUCUGGUUCCUGAAAAUGAUUAUAAUUUAUAUAUCUGUGACAAGCAGCCCAAACACUUGGUGGUUGGCCGGAAUGCAACCGGGUACAAGCUGCGUUACAAAGGCUACUUUGGGGGAGUCACAGCCAUGACCAAAGACCAGUUUCUUCAAGUGAAUGGUUUUUCAAACACUUACUGGGGUUGGGGCGGAGAAGAUGACGACCUUCGCAUCAGGGUUGAGCUGCAGAAAAUGAAGAUUGUGCGGCCGCCAGCUGAUAUAGCUCGCUACACCAUGGUGUUUCAUAAACGAGACAGUGGCAAUGAAAUAAACAAAGACAGGAUGAAGUUGUUAGGACGAACACCACAGGUAUGGAAAAAGGACGGACUCAAUAGCUGCUCAUAUAAGACUAUGUCAUUAGAGAGGCUGCCUCUUUAUGUGAAUGUUACUGUGGACAUCGGUAAGCCGUAGAGUUGAGAUUUCAAACAGGAAGCCCUGCUGUGACCAAAAAAACCAAACAUUUUAUGGUAUAUAUUUUAUAGAUUAUGUUUAGGCCCUUGAGUGCAGAAAAGUUACUACAUAUGUGCAGGAUUAUAGCACAUAUCAAGCACACAAAAUGCACAUUGUUUUGUUUACAUAUUAAAAUUAAGCUCAGCUGGCGACCGCAGUCACUGAAGAAGUUGGCCGGCUCGUCUUUGCACAGUUUUGCACAUCAUGCUGCCUUCAUUUAUUCAUAUCAAUACCAGUUUUACUCCAGGAUUUCCUUUUUAUGCAGCCUGCCAAAACAUGUUUGAAAGAAAAGAUUGGCUUCGGCCAAACAGAGAAGUUGGCUGAUAAACUAGUCUUUGUAUUUGAAAUGUAUUGCUAAAACACUCAGCUGUCAAUCUUUGAUUAAUAUAUGCCUUAUUAUUUGCCUCAGCAUUAAACAUGCUGACAUUUUUAUUUAUAUAAAAGCCUACAACAUGUGGACAAUGUGUAUUUUGUGUGCUUUCAUUUGUGGAUGCAGUGACUUUCUCUAAAACACUGCACACCCAUUGUCCACCCACACAGGUGUUGUCACUGAUUUUGCUUAGUAAGACCUCUUCUGAGGACUCUGUGGGAGUUUAUUGACUGUGAUUAAUUGCGUUCCUCAUGCUCAUGUUAAAUUUGACACUCCUGUUAAGGAAGGACACUUUGCACCUUUAAUAUUUCUACUAGUACAUAAUGUGUAUUGACCUCACACAUUUCCCAGCUCCUCCCAACUUUAACCUGCACAGAGGUCUGGUCAGCCACAUAACCGAGAACACCCGUGAGAGUGUGCAGAGCCUAUGAGUUUAAAGUUAAUGAUUAGGUUUGAUUCAAGGCUGCUUGAACUCUUACAAGCAAUGAGGCGUUUAUUAGGUAGCUGAGUAGAGAUGUUUGUUUUAUUGAGACUGACAUGUUAACUACAAACUGUAGACAAUGUGUAAUAUUGUGUAAAGAGAACACUGGACCAGUUCAUAAAAUUAUAUAAAGCUGUAUUAAUUGAUUAUAUUUUUUUACCACUAGGUGGUAGAAAAACUCACAACAACAGAGCCUUGUGAUACUGUUGGUGUAUCACAUAUUAGAAAACUAUUGCCUUCUUUCAAUAACUAUAGAAAUUGGUCAUCCUCUUUUACUUGAAUAUUAACAACUCUUAAUUUCCAAAUGAAAAUAGAUCUCAACAAAUUGAUCCAAGUUAAGUAGAGUUAUGAGAAAUGGCACAUCAAAAUCACAUCAAAUUGAGGAAGUGUUUUCAGGUUAAAUUAAUGUGAAAAUGUUGGUUAGUUAAUGUCCUGUUAAAGACUACAACAAGACAAAAAUGCCAAACUCAAAGCCAACGCUACAAAAGGUUUGCUGUUUCUGGUGUUCUGUUGAUAGAAGACACCUUUUUAAAAGAUGAAUGAAAGACUAAAAAUUCCCCAUCUAGCAACUUCUGUCCAAUGCAAGACCUCUAUUUACCGUAAUUGUUACUGAUUUUUAUCACAAAUUAAGUGAUAGAAGAUGGAAACGUAAUUACUUUGAGAAAAGAGUAAUGAUAUGUAGUAGUUUUGCAUCAGUCCUACAGCAGACAACAGGUGUGCAUAAUGCUUAAAGGCAUACUGUGUAGGAUAUGUCCAUUGCUGAUUGUAAACACAACAUUCAACGACACCAGAAGCUCCCUCAGUCAAACAGACACAGACUGAGAGCAGAGGGCAGAGUCU